AUGUGUUAUAGAGCUCUUCGAGAGACCCUCAAGACCUAUGUGGAGAACAAUGCGAAGAAAGGGGGCCCCCACAACCAUUCUGAUGCCUUAAAACAGGUGCUGAAGGGCCCUACACAAAUACUGGGUGCAGCGGCUGCUGCUGCUGCGUCUGCUGCUGCGUCUGCUGCUGCGGCUGCUGCAGGAGCACUUUCGGACGUACUCGCGGGGGCCUCCUGUAGGGCGCCCUUAAAUCGCUCCGACUUGGAUGAGCUUUUGCCUGGGCAGUGCUCUUCUUGGGAUGAAGCAGCAGCAACGGCAGCUGCAGCAACAGAAGCAACACCAGCAGCAGCAGCAGCAACACCGGCAGAAACGAUAACAACACCAUCCUCAGCAGCACAAGCAUCAACCUCUUCACGGUUUGGGGCCCCUAGAACCCUGCAGAGAAGGGCCCCCCUAGAGGCCCCGGGGGGGCUGAUGGCAGCUGCGGCUUCUCUGAUGUCAUUUGGGCUGUCAAUGCAGCUUCCUAGGCCUCAGAAAUCGGACACUAGAGGGCCCCUAAGGGCCCCUACUCCUGUGGGGUCCCAACCCCUAGAAUCAGGCAAAGACGCGCUGUGCUUGAGGUGUAAAGACACUGCGGCAGAGGUGGCACUCUUAGAAGAAGAAGUCGACGAGGCCGAGAGAAGAUGCCUUCUUGCAAUUCAAUUCCUCAGCGACAGCGCAGAAAUCAUAGAAGAGCUGAUCACCUCUUCACAGGAAGCAGCAGACUCCAGCAGCAGCAGCAGCAGUAGCAGCAGAUGCUGCAGCAGCGAAAGCACUUGUGACAGCGAAGCUCCUCAUGAAGACGAACCCAAAGUAAACAAACUCCGAGGAGAUCUCCUGUUUGCAACAGGGCCGCGCCAAAGGCGUAGGCAGGAACAGCAGCAGCAGUAG